ACAUCCGAAACAUUGCAAAUCGAAUAUGUCGGCACCAGUUGAUAGACUAAUAUUACAGAGUGACUGGGAGCAGACUCUUAGAGAAAGACAUGGAAAAGCUUGGGUGGCAUUCAAGUCAUCAGCUCCACCCAGUGAAUAUUCUGAGGUCAUAGGCCAUGGCACAUCCCCAGAAGGAUUACUUUACCUGACCUCCAAAGAUAAAGAGUUUAGUAUUUCAGAUAUUACAAAGAGAAGUUUGGUGGUAACGUACUGUGGAGAGAGUGCAACACUAACCAGAAAGUUUGUGUCCCCUACUAUAACCUUCACCGGACUUCAUACUCAUAAAAAACAGGUGACAUGCUUGGACACUACUUCAGGCGGUCUUGGUGUUUCGUGCGAUUCAGAAGGUAAACUUAAAAUCUGGCAAACCAGUGAUGGCGAGGUCCGGAGAGAACUGCUAGGCCAUGUUGGAGAUGUUUACACUUGCAGGUUUUUCCCAUCUGGCAUCGUUAUUCUUUCUGCAGGAGCAGACACAAUGAUAAAAAUCUGGUCAGCAGAGUCUGGAUCUUGUGCAGCAACCAUCACUGGUCAUAAAGCUGCUGUGUUAGACUCUGCCAUUGUCGACAGAGGCCGAAACAUUAUAACAUCUAGUCGUGAUGGCACUGCUAAAUUAUGGGAUGUUGGACAGCAGACUUGUCUGGCUACUUUUGAAGAUAUUGGAGGAGAUGUGAACUGUUGUUCACUCGAGGUGCCAGAAAAUACAAUCGAGCUUGGAACACCUGUUUCACAAAGUGACAGGGAAGUAGCCACCGAGGGGAAAAUGCUAUUGCUGGGUUGUGAGAAUGGAUCUCUUCAAGGUUUUGGUUUAGCAUCUCGUGAACAGAUCUUCAGCCUGCAUCUGGAGUCUGCUAUUAACACCUGUACAUUUGUGUCAGACAUUUAUUCUGUUUGUGGCUCCCAAGAUGGGCACAUUCACAUAGUAGACUUAAGAAACACCAGUCAGCCAUUGAAAUCCUGGAAAGAGUCCAGAGGUCCAGUCUUGUCCAUGCUGUCCCAUAAAGGAGGGUUCUUUACAUCUACAGGGGAUGGUUCAUGUUUUCACAUAAAUGAAAGAUGGGAGACAACUACUGAGCUAACUGGCUCGGACUGUGACCCAGUGUAUAAAGUGUGCGAUGAUGGUAGUAACAUCUACACAUCGUGUAGAGAUGGCUUCAUCCGAAAGUACAGCUUGAACUACAUCAACUAAUCUCUUCAAUAAGAACAACUUAUAAUAUAAAUAUUGUCAUCAUUGAAAUGUCUCUUUAAUAAAAUUGUUUUUUUUUCAAC